AUGCCUGGCGAAACCAACCAAGACAGCCCCCAGCCUCCCCAUGUCGAGCUGGUCGACGACAACCCCACAGAGCGGCACGACGGCGAACAAAGCCCCGGAAUCACCAACGGAAAGGGCUGGGAUGGGAAACUGCGCGUGCCGGGCCGAGCGAGCCUGGCCAACCCAGAGGCUCUGUCAGAUCCAGAGUACUCGGAUGACGACAAUGUCGUCCCGGGUCAAGAAAUAGAGGCAGACGAAGAUCUCUUUGACGACGAGGACCUCGAUACCGAUGAGCUGAUAUCCAUAAAUGCCCGCAUCCAGUCCAUCCCCAGUCUGCGACUCGAUCGCUUCAAGAAGGUCGCGCGCCUGUGUCUGAGGCAGAACGGCAUCACCGAGAUCAACGGCCUGGAGUGUCUUGCCGAGACGCUGGUGGACCUCGACCUCUACGACAACUUGAUCGGUCACAUCCGCGGAAUCGAGUCGCUGACCAAGCUGACGAACCUCGACCUGAGUUUCAACAAGAUCAAGCACAUCAAGCGUGUCAACCACCUGAAGGACCUGACCGACCUGUUCUUCGUGGCCAACAAGAUCAGCACCAUCGAGAACCUCGAGGGGCUGGAUCAAUUGCGCAUGCUCGAGCUGGCCUCCAACCGCAUCCGAGAGAUACAAAACCUGGAAUCGCUAAAGAACCUCGAGGAGCUAUGGCUGGCCAAGAACAAGAUCACCACACUCGGCGGGCUCAGCGAGCUGCCAAAAUUGAGACUGCUCAGCAUCCAGUCGAACCGGAUCCGCGAUCUCUCGCCGCUCAAGGAUGUCCCGACGCUCGAGGAACUUUACAUAUCGCACAACGCGCUCGAGUCUCUGGAGGGCCUCGAGACCAACACGAAGCUGCGGGUUCUGGAGAUCUCAAACAACCAGAUCACCAGCCUCCAGGGUCUAGGGCCACUGAAGGAGUUGGAGGAGGUCUGGGCGAGUUACAACAAGCUCAGCGACUUUGCCGAUGUGGAGAAGGAGCUGAAGGACAAGGAGAAUUUGGAGACGGUCUACUUCGAGGGGAAUCCGCUGCAGACUCGAGCCGAGGCUCUGUACAGAAACAAGGUUCGCCUGGCGCUGCCCCAAAUUAAACAGAUCGACGCGACUUUCGUGCGAACAUGA